AUAUUUUCUAUUGUGUACUAUCUUAAAUUAAUAUCUUAUAUUUUUCGGAUGUUUGUUUUUACGCGGGAAUUGAUAUUCUUCCAUUUCCUUUUUACAUGCCUUCAGUUUCCCGCGUUUGAAGCUUUUUCCCGCGGAAAAUCUCGGAGUACAGCACUUAUAACGCGGUACAUAGGUGUUCAAAUGACAAUUCCAUUCAAAGUAACAAAGAAAUGUUCAUUUUAUGGAACUAAAAAUAAUGUAAUGAAAGAAGAUUUUAGUAAUGCAACUGCGAGAGAUUCUUCUCAUAAAUAUACACCGUCUGUGAAGAAGAUUAUUACUUUAAGUAGUAGCGAAUCAGACUCAGACUCAGAUGUAGAAAAUACCAAAGUCAGUGAUAAUGCUAUAAGUGUAAAAACUCCUCAACGUAUGCAGAAUUCAACUGAAUCUGAUGAAGAUCAUGGUUCUACACCUCCAAAACAGAGAAGAAUAGAUAAAUCAUUUCCAUUAACAUCUCCAACCACACCUUCUACCCUUUUUGAUAAAUUAAAUUUGGAAUCUUCUCCAACUAAGGAGGAAAAACUGACUCCUAAAAGAUUAUUUGGAACAGAAAGAUAUCGCAAUGCUCGUAAAGCUUUGCAUAGCUCAGUACCUGAUACCUUACCUGGUAGAGAAAAUGAAUUACAAAAGUUACAAGAAUUUAUGGAAGAGCAUUUAAAAAAUGAAACAUCAGGAUCCUUAUAUGUAUCAGGACCACCUGGAACUGGAAAAACUGCAUGUCUUUCAAAGCUUAUGUUAAAGACUGAGUUCAAAUCAAAAUUUAAAGUAAUUUAUGUUAAUUGCACAACUAUGAAAUCUGCUGCUACAAUUUAUGCAAAAAUUAUACAGAAGUUAGGAUUACCACCCAUUUUAGCUGAACGAAAAUCUGGAAAAUACAGUAAAGGAGUUAUUGAAAAAUAUUUAUGCUCUAAUCAUAAAAUGUUGCUAUUAAUUUUAGAUGAAAUAGAUCAAUUAGAAAGUAAAAAGCAAUCUGUUUUAUAUUCUGUUUUUGAAUGGCCAUCAAUACACAAUUCAAAACUGAUUUUAGUUGGAAUUGCUAAUGCUUUAGAUUUAACAGAUAGGAUAUUGCCUAGAUUACAAGCUAGAUGUGAAUUGAAACCAAAGUUGAUGCAUUUUUCACCAUAUACAAAACAAGAAAUAUGUAAUAUAAUAUCUGAAAGAUUAAGUGAAGCAAAUGUGUCUGACUUGUUUACUAAAACUGCAAUACAGAUGUUAUCUGGAAAAGUUGCUGCUAUUUCUGGUGAUAUUAGAAGAGCAUUGGAUAUCAGUAGAAGAGUAAUAGAACUUGCUGAAUCUCAUAAAUUAGCACAAGUUUUACAACCUACCAAUAAUAAUGAAAUAAAUAUACCUAAAAAGCAACAAUCUGCAGUGGACCAACCAGUGGAUCUAAAAGAAGUCAUCACUGUAUUAAAUGGUAUUUAUGGUGGAUCUCAAAAUAUUGAAAAGGAGGAAAGUACAUUUCCAUUACAACAAAAAUUACUAUUGUGUUCUUUGUUACUUAUCCUAAACAAAGGACGAAAUAAAGAUGUGACAGUGGGGAAAUUGCAUGAAGUGUACAAAAAAGUUUGCAAGAAACGAAAUAUUCAUGCUGUCGACGGUUCUGAAUUUUAUAGUCUAUGUUCAUUGAUAGAGACUAGAGGUAUUUUAAAGUUAACAAGAAAAAAAGCAGCUCGUUUGACAAAAAUAAAUUUGGAAUGGGAUCAAGAAGAGUUAGAUGCAGCUUUACAAGACAGGAAUAUGAUGGCAGAAAUCAUUAACGAUAUAACUUGUUUAUAGAUGUUAUUUAAAGAAAUUUUCAUAAUUUAUUAAAUUUCAUAUCAUUUUGUAAAUAUUAAAAAGUAUAUAGCAUCUUUUUAAUAAUUUGAGAGAACCACUUUAGAAUAAGAUGUAUAAAUUAUUUCAUGUUUUAUAUUAUUUUUUUAUAUCACAAUGAACGCAUUUAAUGUUUCAUAUAUUGUAUACAAAUUGAUGUAAAAGGAGAAAUUUAUGUGAUUUUUAGUGUAUACCGCAGCGGUUUUUUUAAAUUUUUGAAACCAAGCAAUACAUAUUUUUGUUUCAAAUUUUAUUUCUUGAGCAUUUUACUUUUAAUAAAUAUAACAUAUUUUUAAUUGUAUUUAUUA